UGUGCACCCGGCCGGUGCAGUCUAAAAACGUAAGAUGCCGUCAUCUGACGCUCAUCGCGAAGUGUUAUGCACCAAAAGAUCACUCAGGAAACAGAUGUUCCUAGAUCUGCUGCCCAUCGGUGUGAAUCCAGCUGAAUUCAAAAAACAAACGACACAACGAACCGGCCAAAUCAGUGAGGACGACGAGAUCUACCACAAAGAGUGUAUGCCGAUGGAGAGCAUCGGAGGAAGUGAAUACGCGGAAUUUGUUGGUAUAAACUGCCCAUCGAAACGACGCCGGCUAAGCCAGUUUCACUGUCCAAUGCGAGGCACAGCACUAUGUUCAAAUCACGAAACCGGCGAUGUAGCCUGCGGUCCUGAACCGCUAUUCAUUCAAGGGAAGGACGUGGCAGCUAUGCUGACGGACCAAAACCCAGCCCGUUCCGAGUCCACCUGGGUCGGUCCAGUUAUCUUCGACUUGCGAGCGUUACAUGCUCAAACCUGUGUCCGCAUACGUGGCUCCGUUGGAAUACCUUGUGAAUCUCGCAUCAAGCUAAAGUUGAUCCUACCCAUGCUGGAUGAUUAUCUUAGCAGUUUGCCGGACCAUGCUUGUUCACAGACUAGUAAUUCGUCCAGCAGGUUUGUCAUUCUGUGCACGGAGUUUAUUAACGAGGAAACACUGCGACCCAAUGGUGUGGUCAUGGAUCUGGUUCAGCACAUUAGGAUGAAGCAUUUCAGCUUGGUUCGGGUUUUAAAAGGAGGCUUUCGAGAGUUCCGGCGCUGCUUUCCCCAUCUAUGUGAACAAUCAGUUGAUCUUCGACUCAAGCGAAUAGCGACUCGUCGUAACGAACUCAGGUCAUCGGGAGACCAACUUCGAACGAAUCACUAUGCGGGGAAAAAUGAGGCAGUUUCGCAAUCAGAACUAAGUCCACCGGCAGUCAACAACCUUGUUCGUCAUCAGUCAUUUCUUCUUCCGGGACUCAGUCUGCUUGUCCAGCGAACUAUUCACAAAACAUGCAAUCCUACUCCGACCACAGAGUUGUGUCGACCCGAACCCGAAACGAAAAUCACUUCACAGUUAAGCAAACUUCUUCGCAUUUUUCACUCUCCCAUGUCAUCCCAAAUGGACUGUGAAUCUCCCAAAAGUGUUUUUCAUGCCAAAGCAAGUCAGAUUCUUCCAUUUUUGUACAUAGGGAAUGAAAUCGAUGGAACUAGCGAGCAGGUACUUCAGGCGUGCAACAUCCGAUUCGUUCUCAACGUGACCCCAAAAGCCCCUUUCCUUGAUGAGGUCAGAUUUCAUUGUUGCCGAAUCGCUGCCGCAGAUAUGGAAUCUCAGGAUCUUCGGUCACUGUUUAGCACUGCAUUUCAAUUCAUUGAGGAAUCACGCCUCUCAGGAUGCAACAUUCUCGUUCACUGUCAAGCUGGAGUUUCUCGUUCACCCUCACUUGUAAUCGCCUACCUGAUGGCACAUUCUCAACUAUCACUCCGCGAUGCCUAUCUUCUGGUGAAAUCGAAACGUUCUGUGAUCUCUCCGAAUUUUUCAUUUCUGGGUCAGCUGUUCGAUUUUGAGGCUGAACUCAACGCCGGAACGAGUCUACGAAAACCAGAUGUACUCAGUUCCAUUCUGCCUACUUCUGUUUAUCCAAGCUUGACAGAGCACAAGGACGACCUGGUCACAAUGGCUUUCGAACGAGAAAGGUUGAUGAAGUGAUCUGAAAUGCUGGAAUCACACCUCACAGGGCUCUAACAAAAAUUUUGAUGGUGUUACUGACAAUUUGUGGUCACUUGUGGUACAUUGUCGGAAAAUUGAUCUCAGUCCGUUUCUUUCUUCCCUUCUGUUUUGAAGUCUUACUCGUAUUUUCGAAGGAAGUAUGUACUCUUUACCAUUACAUAGGUCUGAG